AUGUACGAAACCACGCUGUAUCAACAGACCACCGACCUGAAGAUUUAACCGAAAUGUUCGUCGCAAGGUAAAUUGUAAAAUAGUUUAGCUACAAAAUUAGUUCUUCAUGACUGUUAAAUAAAGUUAAAAUAAUAAAGGGCCCUAAAUUUCUGAUUUUAUGGCUGAAUGGGUAUUACUCAAGGCCAAAUACGUGAAGAAAUGAAGUGUGAUGAUGAGCUGCCAACACCGUCUGCAAGCACAGCCGGAGGAGCCGUAGGGAAAUGUGUGCUGUGCAGCCCCACGUGCACUUCAGCGGGGAAGACAGUUUCGGGAAGGACAAUGACAUCACGGUGCUCGCGACGGAUGACGGCAAAGUUACGGUGCAUCUGGGGUUCCUGAAGCUGCACCACAAGUACGAAGUGCAAACGUACGUGCCAAGAGAGGCGUGCGGGGUGCGGGGGGCCGAGCUCCGGGAGCACCUGCCGUCAGGAAUACCUGGCCUGCACGCUCGGCUGGUGUCGCUACGCGAGGAGGGUGCCGCCGUGUGCCUCACUGUGCACCUGCUUGCACACAAGGAGAAGCUGCAGAAGGAGGAGAUAUGCCUGCAAGCAGCAGGGGAAGAUGGCCAUGUGAGCAUCAUUUUCGUGGCCAGAGUGCUAGGUAAAAACAAAGGAACUCCAUUACUGAAGAAUGGCAUCAAGUGCAUUGAAGUUAUACAGGAAGACGAGUCAGAGGCAUCUGACUGGCCAGGCUUCUGAUUACUCCCAAAAAUUAUAAUGUUCCUGUGAUCUCUGCACAAGAAAACAAUGAAAUCAAAGAUAUAAACAGUCCUGUGCUAAGAGCUGUGUUGUAAAUAAUGGUGAAAACUUUAAAUGCCUAAAACAUUAAA